AGCCGACCAAGUCAACAAAAUUCUACUAUAUGUAUUACACAAAUCUAGAGAUAAUAUUCCAAUCAAAUUAAUUAAAUAAUCCGAGCUUACUACUAAAAGAUAAUUAUGGCAUCUAUUAUUCCAUCUUUGCUGUUUCUCUCUCUACUCUCUCACUCCCUUCUACUCGGCAAAUGCAAUGAGGAUGAUGAUCUUCUCAAAGGGAUCCAACAAUACAGGGCCAACUUGAACCUCACAGCUCUGGCCACCACCACCGUCGCCGAAUGCAUCGCCGAUGAAAUCGCAGAUACUUAUCAGAACCAAAGCUGCACCAACGCAACGACUUUCAACGCGACGGCUUUCAACGCUACGACCUUUCCCAGCUAUGCCGCCAUCAUGUCGAAAUGCGUUCUGAAUGCCACCAACGCCUCCGGCAGCAGCCAGAUCUUACCCACCUGUAUCCCCAACCAGCAGAAUCUCGUGGUCUCCGAUUUCACGUCAAAAUACGCGACUUACCUCAACUCUACCGGCUACUCCAGCAUCGGGGUUGGUUCUGAAGAUGACUGGCUUGUCGUUCUCCUCACCAACAUCACCGGUAUUUCCCCCAACGGGGCUUCCGGCCUUACCCUGGCCGCCAUAGGCCCCGUCGUGCUUCCACUGCUCUGCCUUUUCAUGUUAGUUUAAACUAGAGUGAUUGGUGGACAUCAAUCUCACUGCAUCUAAACCUCUACACAAUGGCAAAAUAAGCAAUGAUACUACUAAUAAAUUCCUGCAGAAGCAAUAGCUAACAUUUAUUCAUUACAAAACAACAGAUUAUACUGGAAACCUAGAAAAGCAAUACAUGUAAUGCAUCUUGAUGUAUACAGAUUUGAUAACACAACAAUAUUCAGUUUAUAUACCAAAUUUUCAUGACAA